AUGCUGGUGGACGAGUUGGAGGGCGGGUCGACCCGAGGCGGCGGCGCGCUGCGGCCCAUCUCUCUGCUAGAGCUGCAGGCCGCCAUCGAGGCGGCGGCGCCCCCGUCCCCGCCGCCGUUGCGUGAGGACUCGCCCUCUCGCGAGGAGUCCCCUCCGCCCGAGGCGUCGUCGCCCCGCGAGCUGUCGUCGCCGCGCGAGCCGCUGGCCGCCAGCACACCGCUGCCCACAGACGCACCGGAGCCAAUCUCGGAGUCCGCGCAGCGACCCAUCCCAGAGCCGGUCGUCGUCAGGAGGGAACGCAAGAGACGCAGCAACGUCAAAGUUGAUGAAAUCUUUAACGGAAACGUCAAUAUAGUGUUCGGUGAAGAUUUAAUGAAAAAAUUAAAGGAGGUUCGAGAGUUCAGCAUCGACGAACGAUGGAUCUCGGACGUCGUCCGCAGGCGGAAAGUUCACAUUCUGAACGAGAGGAAACGACUGAUCGGCGAGCUGGACGACCUGGGUGAGCUCGACGACGCGCGGCCGCCUGACAAAGGUGAGACGCGACCGGCCCCGCCGCACUCGCCGCCUCGCAGAGCGGCUCUCACCGUCUGUCUCGCCGCAGGCUUCGUCGGCUGGAGCGGGCCCGAGGUCGCGCAGGCCCAGGCCACGCUCGACGCCACCGCCGUCCGCGCGGCCGACAGCGACGACGACGACGGCUUCUUCGAGCAGAGCUCCGGCGGCAGCUCCGAGCGGGGCGCCGAGCUGGACCCCGCGCAGGCCGCGCGGCGCCGGGCGCAGGCCGAGAUCGCGGCGUGGAAGGCCAGCAUCCUGAGCCGCGCCGCCGCCGCCGAGGCGCGCGGCACGUUCGACGUGCACGAGCUGGGCGCGCGCGUGCUGGACGCGCUACGAGAAGCGCGUCGCCGCCCGCGGCCCGCCCUCGACCUGCUGCGGGAGCACGCGCAGCAGGAGGCGGACGUGUCCCGGCUCGUGCUCGCCACGCUCUUCCUGGUGAGUGCCUCCGCCGCCGCCCCGACCCGCCGCGGAGCCCGCCGAGUGACCGUGAGCUCUGUGUCCGCAGGCGAACGCUGGCAACGUGGAGAUAGAGCAAGGCCCGCCGCUGUCGCUGGGCGCGUUCUCGCUGCGCCUGCUGUCGAGCGACCCGCGGCGCUUCCGCCUGGCGGCGCUGGACGACGAGCGGCUGCUGCGGUGACGCCGCCUGAGGGCGAUGGAGUCGCCGCCUCCGCCGCCGCCCUCGCCUCCGCCCGACGCCGGCCCCUCUUAAACUUUAUACCGGAUCGUUUCACCUUUGACUCGAUGCGAUUCGAUAAGGAACUAUACGAUUUACUUUAUCCGUUCUGGAUCGAAGCAUCAUGGUAA